CCCAACCCAAUUUCUGCAUGAGCAAAUGCGCUGGACGCCAUGGAGAUCAGUGUAGGUCUCGCUGCCGGCUUGAUUGCCAUCGCAGUUGCUGUGCUUCAAGUUCUUGUUCCCAAUACUCUCACAGUCCUUCUUGUCUCGACCCUAUCCAACGAACACAAUGCUGUAACAUGGUCGGCCAUUGCGCACUCAUUGUCGAACUCCCUAUGGCCCUCACUCCUGAGAUCCGAUAUGGCGACAUCUCAAGGCAUACCCAGAAGAAUCAACCUUGUCACAUGGCUGCGACCACUCAGUCUUGCUUUAAUUGCCGCAGCGGCCUUCGUUACCCCGAUCGGUCUCUAUGAAGCGCUAGUACUAUCAGACUCCCAGGAAGUGGUAACCUUUUCAGAUAUUGUCGAUUCAGGAACAAUUGGGUUCGGGACACCACCCAGGUCUGAGCUUGGCUUCUCGCGACAGUGUUGGGGAAUAAAGCCAUUGCAAUGUCCUGGUACCGAAAACGUCCUUACGGACAACUCUGAUGCCAACGGCAUCAAUGUCACAAUCUCGGACGAUGGCUACGACAGAAGAAUCCCCAAAGUCCUCGCGCAACUCUACCAAAGCGGUCUACAACAGCAAUCCCGCAGUAUGUCAAGCUACUUUGACAUCCAGGCGCGACAGUAUCAAUUCCAGAAUCAAUAUAGCCCCAAUAAUGACUCCUUCCUGGUCGACAGCUUUCGCCCGAUGGGUUCGAUGAUACUCGACGACUCCGUCUCUUUGGUUGACGGAUUGAUUGUCGACAUGCACCAAGGAGGUGUCGGCUUUCGGAAACAUACAGUUCCAGCAGGAUUACACUAUGGUGCUGAGUGGGACGAAGAUAUUCUCUUCAUCAAGCCCGAGACAGUCUGCGUUGACAUGAACAUGACAAUCGAGGUCCAGAUCCCAGAGAUCGUCAAUAGCUACAACGGCUCUGCCCCUAGCGCCUACCUUGUCGACCAAGGCGGAUGGGCCAAGAUGAAUAUCACCAAUCCCUAUCUAGAUCCAUGGUUCGAAGACAUGCAGACAGCCUUGCUUAACGACGGCAACCCUAGCUUACAGGGAAGAGCCUAUAGGGCAGGUUGGUGGACCAACGUGCAAAACAUGUACUUCUUCAAUAUAUCCAAACCUAACACCAACAGAACUGCGUACCUGAAUUCACGAGUCGGACAACGCUUUCCCAUCAACACCACCUACGGUGUCUCCACCAAGGAUGAGCUCCUGUUCACGAGCUUCGCCAGCCUCUUCACCGGCAUUCCUAGCGGCUUCGAUUGGGGCAAUGGCACGCUGGAAGUGUACAACACCUCGUUCGGCCCCCAGUACUGGAGUAACCCGUGGAACAUCACAAGCGAGAACUACACGGACAUCGGCACUCUUUGCACCGGCGCCCUGACCGGGGACUUGGCCAACAUGACGAACCUAGACGUGAAGUGCUCUCUUAUGCUCGGCCCAUCACGACGCCUGGACGGGACACAAAGCACUGUCUUCUCCCCAGGGUCAUGGUGGACCCGCCAAAUAUACUCAUGCGCCAGCGCGUCCAAGGCCUCCAUCAAGUCCGUCCAUUUCAAAUACAACGCCACAACAAAUGAAGGGCUCGGCAGUCUCAACGUCACGAACCUCACGCAGAAAGUCUACGCAAAUAAAUCGGCCAUGCCGCUCUGGGGGGUCGAGACUCCAAAUAUGACACUCAACGGCCUCGGCCCGUUCUGGGGACUGAUCUCCCCCGAUCAGCAGGACAGCGUGAACCUGUCGACCAUCCGCGCGGAGAAGUUGUAUAUCCCCGCCAGUAGUAAUACCGUCUGGGGCAGCGCGUUGUCUGAUCUCGGAGGCACCGACUUCAACCCCGGCACCAACGGACCCCCACAGAUUUGGAAUACCAUAUACUCGACACUGAGCGGCGGGUUCGAUUACACGGGCUCGAGUAAUCUUGCGCUCCUGCAGAAGUGGCAGAAGAUGUGGACCAAUACGACCGGUGCGGCGCAGAUCAUCAAUCUGAUCUUCACGGAUUAUGCGGCGAAUUAUUUUGUGGGGACGAGGAGUCAACUCACGCCUAGGGAUUAUCUGCCUCCGAAUCUGAUGCAGAACGGGAAUGGCAAAGUUAAGCGGGACAGGGACACAGUCUCGAGCGAAGCAGGCCAGGUGCCCGUUCAAGUCUACCAGCGGCGUAUACGGUAUCAUUAUGUCUAUGGCAUACCGGCUGCGAUAACUCUGGUCCUCUUCGUGCUCGUUCUCGUGGCGGCGUGCUUGUCCAUGCUGCUGGGCCGUGGGAGCGUCGGCCGCAUUCGGCAUUAUGUGUACGGUCUCUCGGCGGGGAGGUUGCUCGGUGCAUUCCUGUACCCUGAAGAGGGGGAUCCACGCGCGGAUACGAAGGUCUGGAUUGAAAAAGUUGGUAUGCGGAGUGUGAGACUGCCGGAUCCGCAUGGCACCGGGGUGAUGAUGAGCGAGGUGCAGAAGCCCAAGCCAAUUGUGGAUAGUGGAGGUUAUGCUUUGAUCGAGCAGGACCAGAAGGUGUCGACGACUGUUGCUAUGACACCACGACUGUCGGAGGGAGAAGAGGCAGGUUCGGACAGGGCGAGGAUAGAUAGAGCCUAAUCGGCCAAGCUAUGAGUUCUGGUGUGCACACGAGAUAGUUGUCGGAGAGAGUGGAUGGUCACCUUCCGAGAUUCUCAAAAUGGCUGAGCGAGGGGAAGUACCCCAUCAGAGUCAAGACGCAUCCUACGGUGGCGGUGAUGCUCGUUGCGAUACGGAUGUUUCUGAUGCUGACCGUGCGUACACGAUCAAGCAUUCGUUCCGGCAAAGCCAUGCGUAGGAACCCGAUGGUGAGGUUCGACCAUCCCACCAGGGUGACGAGGACUCGCCAGUCUCGCCGCCAGAGGUUGUGGUGCUGGAGGAUGGUCAGGCCCGAUAUGAAAAGGAUGGAGCCGUUGAGGAAGAUGAGCGGCGGCGUGCUGGUGGUCCAUAUAUGCGCAUUUAGAGAUUCUGUAAGCGAGACGGCCAUAAGGCUGGGGCCGAUCAAGCGGGCGAAGCGGUGGGAGGGGGGAUAGUACGGCAUUGAUGGUGGUUCAGCUGGUUGAGCUCUCACUGCGAUCCG